AUGAGUGAAUUACCAGAAAAACCAAAAAUAUUCGAUGAGCUUGAUAAAGAAGUUGUAGGCGUCGCUGGACCCUACGUUGAAGAUAGAAGUUUGAAACUAACCUGCGUUGUAAGUGGAGGAAACCCCUUACCAAGAUUAAGAUGGUGGCGAGACGACAGAGUGAUCGAAACUCAAAUGCCAAUUGAUGACGGGUCGGGAAUAAGUUCGCUCGCACUCCGAAUAAUGAAGCUUAGUAGAGACUACUUCGAGGCCGUUUACACGUGCACAGCUGACAACACAUUGCUAGUACCUCCUUUGAGAGUCAACGUACAGAUUCAACUGUAUCCUGAUAAGUAG